CGUAUGCUUAAAUGGUAAGAAAAUUAAAUGGCGCUGGUGUGGAACUUGGAAUUAUUAUUCAGUCAAUAAAGAAGCUUGGAGUUGCGCUCACAACCUGAAAUUAUUAUAUCUGAAACCUCUUUUGCUUCAAAACCUCCAUAAUGGGUCGCGUACGUACCAAGACCAUCAAAAAGGCCGCUAGGGUCAUCAUCGAGAAGUAUUACACGCGCUUGACUCUUGAUUUCCACACCAACAAGAGAAUAUGUGAGGAGAUUGCUAUCAUUCCUAGCAAGCCUCUUAAAAACAAGAUUGCUGGGUUCGUUACGCAUUUAAUGAAGAGGUUGAGACACAGCCAAGUCCGUGGAAUCUCAAUCAAGCUUCAAGAAGAAGAGAGAGAACGCAGAGACAACUACGUUCCAGAAGUUUCAGCUCUCGAACACGAUGUUAUUGAAGUCGAUCCUGAAACUAAAGAAAUGUUAAAGAUGUUGGAAUUCAGCAACAUCUCUGUUCUUCAGCUUGUCCAGCCACCGGCGCACCAAUUUAACCGAAGAAAUUAAUUUUUUGCUUAUUUUAUAAAUUGAAAAAAAAAAAUAAUAACAUCCAAUUUUCAAAUUUGAUGUAUUUCAAUAAAUCUCAAAUUUGAGAGAUCAAAUAAUUUA